GGAAAAUUUCGAAAAUUUCGACUUGUGACUGGGCCAGUGACAAACUCUAUGAAUGCUAUAUAUGCCCAGGACAAAAUAAGCAAGUGCUCCAACAGUUGUUGAAGAUUUAUUGGUCCCCGGUGGAUUUUUAUCUUCAGCAUAAACAAUGACAAGUCAAGAAUUUAUUGUACUAUAUACUCAUCAAAAGGCGAAGAAAUCAAAAGUGUGGAAUGAUGGAAUACUGAAGACCAGUUCCUCAAAUAAAGCAACUUUAUAUGAUGACAAAGGACUUUGUUUGGACAGUUUAUUUCUUCGGCAGUCUGAGGUGAAACCUGGAGACGAUUUAGAGAGUGAUCGAUAUUUAAUCACAGUUGAAGAUGUAAAAAAUGCUGAAAACAUUCCUCGCAAUUUAGAAGUUAGAACGGACGUACCCAAAUUAAAUAUACGAGGAUUGAAACCUUCUAACAAGCCAAAGACAUGUCCACCCACUGGUUUAAAAAGAAAGUUUACUGGAUUCCAAGGACCACGUCAGGUGCCAAAGAAGAUGGCAACUAUAGAAAAUCGUGAAUCAGCUAUAUCAGUUCCGUCUAAGGAGUCUUAUCCUACUUUUUCUUCUCUGUUCUCUUGCACACCUCCAUUGUUUUCUACUACUGGAAAGAAAAAUAGAGACACUGUUAUGCCAUCUGACUGUACAAGUGUCAAUGAGUACCAGAAUAGCAACACCAAUGAUAUGUCUAUCUCCUUACUUCUUUCAACUACACCCAUCACUUCUAACCAGACAGUGUUCUCUGAUGAAGAUGAUUGUUCUUUUCUCAAUUCUGCAACUAGGAAAUCAGAUGUUUCAUUGGAGCCUGAGUACAUGAAAGAAGAUUAUCUGAUAGCCAGAGGCUCAGCCACUUCUCAAAAUGUCAGGAGCAAAGAACAGAUUUUAGCACUUUUAAAGUCCAAAUCAACUCCUACUUUGGAAGUUGUAGACUAUUUUUCUCCUGUACAGUUAACAGAAGAAGUAAAAGGCUCACUUAAACCACAGUGCAUAACAGGAAGGGAAGAAGAGAUCACUGAAAUGAAUAGCACAAAAAAUAUCCCUCACCAGUGUCAUUUAGAAAAUAAUGUAAGAAAAAGAAGCCGCUGGGAUAUUUAUUUGCCAAAGAGUUUAUCUGUAAGUUCUUCUGAUGUAAGUGAUACUAAAGGGAAAUUAAAGGACCAAGAUGACAGUUUAGAUUUGGAUUUGAAAGGUCCUUUUGAACAAAAGGAGAUGCAUUUCUUUGGAACUGGUUCUGAAAAAAAGGUUGUGAAUAAGACAGACAGUCAAAUAGAUAAUGAUAACCAAACCACCUAUAAUCAGAAAACAAAUUUUCAAGUAUCUUCAUCCUGUCAAAGUGAGCUGGGAGCAAACUUACCACUUCUCUAUAGCAAUAAUGAACACCAUUGCUUAUUAUCAAAAUCUAAGAGUGAAAUGUUGUUCAACAAUGAUUAUCCAAAAUGCAUAAAAGGAUCUGUUUUCACUAGAGAAAAUGUACAGGAACUACAUAGACCUGGAGUGCCGGAAAGGGAGAGCCAUCUAAAGCUUUCUUCUCAGCCAGAAUGGGAUUGUCCACAACUACAAAGAGAUUCUUCUUGCAUAAGUGAUAAUUUGGCCAUAUCUGAUAAUUUGGCCACAUUUGUUUCUAAAACGAGAGCUGAAAAUGAAAAUAUUAAUACUAAUACAGAUUUGAAUAGUAAACCAGAGACAUUUAUGGAGGUAACUUUCAAUCUGGACAAUUUUGAUAUCAGUGACCCUGAGGAAGAAUCACAAAAUGGCAACAUCUUUCCCCUAGGUUCUGAGCAUUGGCUAAAGAAAAUUUCACCUGAGGACAAAAUGUGCGUUGAACAGAAAUUUGAGGAUAGGGAGAACAGUCAAGAAGAUGACAAUGAACAUUUGUCACAUUUGGUAACAACUAAUUCUAGUCCUCUAGCAAAAUUUCCCAUUAAGAAAACUCUAUCUUCACAGAUUUGUACUGAAACUUCAAUAGAUUUUGACAAAUUUGGAAAAGGUAAUGAAACAUCUUUCCUGAUUAACUCAAACCUUCCUGAUAUAGAAAAUGUUGAAAAAGAAAUGACAGUGGAUACAUCAAAUUUUGAAACAUUAAGCAGAGGAACCAAAUGGGAUUCAUCCUUAAAGCAGACCAAUGAUAUAGCAAUAUGUGGUAAUGGCCACUGUAAUAAAUCUGUCUGCCCAACUGUUACUGAUUACGAUCAUGUACCCCCUCAAACCAAGAAACAAUUUGCAGAAGUGUGCUAUUCAUCAGAUACACCAGAGCCCCUUAAUCUGUAUCAAGAUUCUACUCAACAGUCCUCAAAAGAUGAAGAAGAGAGUGCUUUUGUAGCUCUCAUUCCGAAGGAAAAAGAGAGGAGCUCCUAUAAACCUAAGUCCUCAGAUGGAGAAAACUUUUUGGAAGAAGGUCUAAGCUUCAGGGGAGAGGAUGAUUUUCAAAUGACAACUGACUUUAUUAAGGACCUGAAUGAAAAUAAUACCUCAGUUUUGGAUUUCCCUUUAACAGAUUCUGGCAAUACUGUGUCAUCUUAUCCUUUGGACCAUAGUUUGAAGUUACCAGGAUGGUCCUCAUGGGAAACAAACAAGGUGAUGUCACCAGUGCAAAAGAUGUCAACACUGAGCCCUGAUUUGACCUUUCCUUUGAGCCCAAGAAAUGAAGACAUUAUGAUAAAAUUCCCUGAGGAGUCUUUGAAAGCAAGAACCUCAUCUGGAGUAGAAAAGUUCAAUUGUUCAGGAAAAGUCAACAUCCAGAGACUUCACAGAGCUAGGAAACCACUUAUUACUCUGCCACCUGUUGAAGGGCAUUCUCUCUCAGAAAACUGCGCACAUAGAAUGGACUCUGAAGUCCUGAAGUCCUUUGGUAGCGCCAUCCUUGACUCAUAUGAGGAGACAGCAGGUUCUCCUGUCAGCUACUUUGGCCCUGAGGAUAGGAAUAGGAAAACCUCUGUUUCUCAGAAGUCUGGGGAAGAGACACCUCUAAGGCUUUCAUUCUCCUCUCUGGUGCCUCCACUAAGCAAACAAAACAAGUGGCUGAAAUAUCAAAACACACCUCAAGGUGACUCGAUUACUCUACCUACAAGUGAUGUGAAAGUGAAUGAAAACUUCUUUGCUGCCUCUGCCUCCGAUGCGCUAGAGGAUUGUCAAAAUGGGGCUGCCAAGAAAAGCCCUAAGGACUCUGUGCAUUUGGAGAUGAUAAAAGGCAUGCUUCAUCAACGCCAAGCAGAUUUCUGCCACCAGGAAUCAGUUUUCAGAAAGAAAACACCAUUUCAGAAUUUAGAGCAGACUGAGGAAAUACAAACAAUGUUAAGUCAGACGGCCCACAAUGGCUUCAGUGUAACAGGAAGUACCCAGGAGAUAAAUGCCAGCGCAUUGUCAUUUCCCAGUGGGCAAAUAUCAAAAUGUGCCUGUGUUCCCAAAAGACAGAUUCACAUACCUGCUGUUUUUCAGUCACCUGCUCAGUAUAAACAGGUCUUUUCAACCUCUCUGAUAGAACACUUAAACAUAUUACUGUUUGAAGUGUCCAAAAGGUUGCACCAAGCUCUUUUGAAGGUUGACAUAUCUUUUUAUACGUCAGUGAAAGCAGAGAAAAAGAAAAACAGCAUACCAACCUGUCAUCACCAUCAGCCUGCAAAGCUGGUCAUGGUUAAAAAGGAAGGUCCAAAUAAGGGUCGUCUCUUUUAUACUUGUGAUGCACCAAAAGCCAACCAAUGUAAAUUUUUUAAGUGGCUUGAAGAAGUAACCCCAGCUACUUUGACACAGGCAGGAUCUAUACCCUGCACAGUUUUACAUGAUAUAAAGAGUACUGGAAUAUACCUAAGAUGCCAAAAUAUACCCCUCUAUGAGGAGUGUCAGCUUUUGGUGAGGAAAGGAUUUGAUUUUCAGAAUAAACAGUAUGGCAAAUCGAAGAGAUUUGCUCAUGUAAAUCCUGAAUUUCACAAUGAAUCUAAAAGCAAACUUUAUCUUAAACUGAGUAGGAGAGAAAGUUCUUCUUCCUAUGGCAAAGAUGACCUCUGGGUAAUUUCAAAAACCCUAGACUUUGAGCUGGAUACUUUCAUUGCUUGUAGCAUUUUUUUUGGACCAUCAUCAUACAAUGAGGUCGAGCUCUUGCCUCUGAAAGGCUAUUUCCCUUCAAAUUGGCCAUCUGACACGGUGGUUCAUGCUUUACUGGUUUGUAAUGCUAGCACAGAGCUGACAACUUUGAGAAACUUGCAAGAAAACUUCAAUCCAACCACUCUGCCUAUAAUACAGCACCUGUUAACAAUGUCUUCCCAAACUGAACACAGCAUUAACAGAAUCAACAAAAGAAAGUUUAUUCCACCAGCCCUCAACAGGAGUACUAACAAGAACUGUGAACCACUCAGCCCAGAAGCAGCAUUGCAACUAGCUAAUGAAAUGAUUCAAAUAUAUAAACUAAAUAUGGACCAGGCCACGGCUCUUAUUCAAAUAGCACACAUGAUGACAUCACAUGAAAAUGGCAGCGACCUACAAGAGCAGCAUACCGUUCCCAUCACAAUCAUACAUGGUGUUUUUGGAGCAGGGAAGAGUUACUUACUGGCAGUGGUGAUCUUAUUCCUUGUGCAGCUCUUUGAAAAGAGUCCAGCUCCUACAGGUGUGAAUGCCAGGCCAUGGAAAAUUCUGAUUUCUUCUUCUACCAAUGUUGCUGUGGACAGAGUACUUCUUGGGCUACUCAGUCUUGGAUUUGAAAAAUUUAUCAGAGUUGGGAGCAUUAGAAAGAUUUCCAAGCCAAUUCUGCCUUACAGUUUGCAUGCCGGCUUAGGAAGUGAAAAUGAGCAAUUAAAGGAGCUACAAGCACUGAUGAAAGAAGACCUGACGCCUGUAGAAAAAAUAUAUGUGAGAAAAAGCAUCGAACAACAUAAAUUGGGCACCAAUAGAGCUUUGCUGAAACAGGUACAAGUAGUUGGAAUAACCUGUGCAGCCUGCCCAUUCCCAUGCAUGAAUAAUCUUAAAUUUCCUGUGGUUGUAUUGGAUGAGUGCAGCCAGAUGACAGAACCUGCUUCACUCUUGCCUAUUGCAAGGUUUGAUUGUGAAAAACUAGUUCUUGUUGGAGACCCCAAACAGCUACCUCCUACCAUUCAGGGCUCCGAAAGUGCUCACGAUAGUGGGUUGGAACAGACUCUUUUUGACCGGCUUUGCUUAAUGGGUCACAAAGCAAUUCUACUGAGAACUCAAUACCGUUGUCAUCCUGCUAUUAGUGCUAUAGCAAAUGACCUCUUCUAUGAAGGACAUUUAAUAGAUGGCAUUUCAGAAAUAGAGAGGAGUCCAUUAUUGGAAUGGUUGCCAACUCUGUGUUUCUAUAAUGUUAAAGGAAUUGAACAGAUUGAAAGAGAUAACAGUUUCCAUAAUGUGGCAGAAGCUACUUUUACACUCAAGCUUAUUCAAUCACUGAUUGCAAGCGGAAUAGAAGGAUCCAUGAUUGGGGUGAUAACAUUAUACAGAUCACAGAUGUACAAGCUUUGCACCCUAUUUAGCGCGGUGCAUUGUGACUACCCUAACCUCAAGGCCGUCCAGGUGUCCACCGUUGAUGCCUUUCAGGGUGCGGAGAAGGAGAUCAUCAUCCUGUCCUGUGUGAGGACAAAACAAGUUGGAUUCAUUGACGCAGAAAAGAGAAUGAACGUUGCCCUGACAAGAGGGAAAAGGCACUUGUUGAUUGUGGGGAAUUUGGACUGUUUGAAGAAGAACAGACUGUGGGGGCAGGUGAUCCAACACUGUGAAGGAAGAGAGAAUGGAUUACAGCAUUCAAGUCAAUGUGAGGAAGACCUGAACCUCCUUCUUAAAAGUUAUUUGGAGAAAAAGGCAGAAGAAAAAGAAAAAAAUCAAAGAGAGAAGUCUAAAAACAAGUCUCUUUCACAAAAAGACAUGAUAUAGUCUGCUGUUUAUGUAAAUUAAAAAUAUUUCAUAACAAUUUUUUUAUUAUUAGAAAAUUUUUGAUACAGGAAAUAUUACUCUAUUCUCCUUAUUUUUUCCCCACACUGUUUAUAAUGGUAUGUUUAGA